AUGUCUGAGAACAACCUAGGCAGCGUUGUAUUUGCGUUUGGUAAAUAUAAAGGACGCACAUUCGAAGAGGUAAAUCGCAGUGACCCGAGCUAUGGCGCCUGGGCUCUCCAGAUCGAGUCGCCCACCGGGCAGUUGCUGGCGUUCUGCAACUUCCUGCGUUCCAUGGAUUGCGAUGCGAAUCCUAAGGAAUCCAGGGGAUUUGGGGCUUAUGAUGACUCUGGUAGGAACUGGAAGCGGAGUCUUGAUGAGGCCGCUGGUGUUGCUAGCGCUGUCGUGGAUAGCCGUCGGCCAGUGAUGUCGAACGGUCGUGUGCCCGCAUCGCCGGCAGCUAGCACACCUGGAUCGCAGGAUAGUAAUCGUGUGUCUUUGCAUAGUAAGGCACUAGACAACUGUUUGGAAGCCAAGUGGCGGCGGUUGACGCAGAAGGUUGAGGCGGCGGAGGAUGAGGAUGAACCGGAGUGGUAUCAGCGGCGCCGCAAUUCGGCUACUCCAAGGCAGGACACUGCCAGCAUCCUGGAUGACGACUCAAUGACGCUUCAACGUGUUUUAGAAGCAGCAGUAGCGGCGAGAAGACAGCAGUUACCAGUGGCAAGGCGGUCGCCUAAAAACAGUUCCAACGCCUUACCCAAGGUUAAGGGGAAUGCCACACCAAACACAUCCACCAUUUCGUCUGUAUUUAAUGGAGUUGUACGCCAAAAUGAUGGAGCAAACACCCAGGCGCCUAGACGGAACAGCAUACCAGGCCAAAUGACCCUUGAUGACAUGCUGAUUAAAAGUUCACCAAAGGUCAAAAGUGACACAAAUAUUGACAGUGGAAUCGGUGGCAAGGAAGCUACAUCUGCUAAUACGUUUGGUCGUUUGGCAGCGGAUAAUGCAACACCGUCUCCCACGAGCAAUACCACACCACAGUCCAACUCAUCGGCCCAGUGGAACUCGUCUCCAGGGAAGCAAAAGCUGAAGCUGGAGGGCGUAGUUGCGUUGGUCUUGCACUCGGAGGAUGAAUUCACCGUGGCAUACCAGAAGAUGGUGAAGGACAUGGCCGUAUGGUCGCAGAUGCUACCCCCGCCGCUGUUCGACUUUUUGCGUUUCGUGGAUAACAGCCUGCGGGUGGUCAAGGAGGGCAAGACGUCGUACGUACUCAUAAAAGCGGACAAGUACGAUGUGGUCCUGAAGGCUCUGAAGAAGGAAUUGGCAGGUUGCCAGUGCCCAGUGGACCCAAUCCCGGAUUUCAUUCUGCGAACAUUCCCCGAGUUCAACCGCUACAGCCGCACGGCAAAGCUUCCGGAAAAGACUCAGCAGGCGCUUUCCGGUUACUUAUGUGACUAUACGCGCAAGAACAUGGAGCGCGUGUCCGACAUCAUAGGCACGGAGCUUUAUUCCCAGCUGAAGCCCUUCCAGCGUGAAGGGGUGGAAUUCGGUAUACGCAGAAACGGCCGCGUACUGAUAGGUGACGAGAUGGGUCUCGGUAAAACCCUGCAAGCACUGGCCAUAUCGGCCUUCUACUGCACAGAUUGGCCUCUUUUGAUCGUCUGCCCGUCGUCGCUUCGGUUCCAGUGGCGUGACCAAUGCGUGCGAUGGCUGCCUCACCUGAUCAAGGAACAUGAAGUAUGCACAGUCAAAAGCGGAAAGACGGCCAUACCAGACUACACAAAGGUGGUGAUUAUUUCUUACGACCUGUACGCCUUGAAUGAGCACUUUCGCCACGGCUUCCGCGUAGUCAUCUGCGACGAAUCGCACUACAUCAAGAAUAAGCAGGCCAAGCGGACGCGGUGUCUGGCUCCGUUGCUCAAGGAGACCAGAAGGGCGAUACUGUUGUCUGGUACCCCUACGCUGAACUCCCCUUCAGAGCUCUAUGAGCAGAUCUCGUGCAUCAUGCCAUCGUUUUGUUCCAACAGCGUCUUUCUGGAGCGCUAUUGUCAAAAGAAGUUGAACUGGUACACCAAGCGAAUUGUAUACGCUGGGUCACAGCACACUUCUGAGCUGCACUUGUUCCUGGUCAAGACGGUGAUGAUACGACGCCUCAAGGAGCACGUGCUGCACGAGCUACCGCCGAAGCUUCGGUCCAAGGUGCCCAUAGAACUGCCUAAAACAUUCCUGAAGGAUUGCAAGCGUAUUUUGGCGGCAAUGCCCAAACAUGCAGACGAUGACACUGAAAACUUCUCGUCCAUGCAGGAGAUGUUCAAAAUGACCGGCGAGGCGAAGGCUAAGGGGGUAUGCGAGUACGUGGUGCACAUGCUGAGGAGCGAAGUGAAGUUCAUCGUGUUUGCUCACCACAUAUUCCUGAUGGACGCAAUCGAAGAUACGUUGCGUGAGCAGAAGUGCAACUAUAUAAGGAUAGACGGUUCCACGCCUCAUAAUAAAAGGGAGCAAAACGUGCAUAAGUUCCAGAACGACAAGAGUUGUACUCUGGCGUUGCUAUCUAUGACAGCUUGUGGCGUAGGGCUGAACCUGACCGCGUCAUCGACGGUCGUCUUCGCGGAAUUGCACUGGGUCCCAGGUCUGAUGAUCCAGGCCGAGGACCGUGCGCACCGUAUGGGCACCAAGCACCGGGUGAUCAACGUCCACUACCUCAUCGCCGAGAAUUCGGUGGAAGAGAUGAUGUGGCGCGUGAUCAAUCGCAAGUGGGAGGGCGUGACGGCGACGCUCAACGGCGAAACCUCAAACCUGACGCUGCUCAAGGAAGCGGAGAAAAACAGGUUAGCCGAAGAGGCAAACCAGCUCAAAAUCACGGAGAUGCUCAAAUGA